GCUCGGAGACUUGGGGAUGCUGCUGCGGAGAUGGAGUUGAACCACAAAAACAGCAAAGUGUCGGGCAGAGUUUGAGACAAAGGGAGGGGGGUUAGCGGUAGUUCUCCCGCUGAACUGACCGCUGGAUGGGCUUUCGUUGAACAUAAGACCGGUGGACGUUUUUAAAAAUCGGCUUGAAAAUGAAGCUGCUGAAGCCGAGCUGGGUGAGCCACAACGGCAAACCCAUAUUUUCAGUUGACAUUCACCCUGAUGGGACAAAAUUUGCAACUGGCGGACAAGGAGAGGAUUCUGGAAAGGUGAUGAUCUGGAACAUGGCGCCGGUCCUCAGAGAGGAGGACGAGAAGAACGAGAAUAUUCCCAAAAUGCUUUGCCAGAUGGACAAUCACCUAGCUUGUGUCAACUGUGUGCGCUGGUCCAACAAUGGGCUGUACCUGGCAUCAGGAGGAGACGACAAGCUGGUCAUGGUGUGGAGGAGAGCGGCCUUCAUCGGCCCGAGCACCGUGUUCGGGUCGAGCAGUAAGCUGGCUAAUGUGGAGCAGUGGAGGUGUGUCACCAUCCUGAGGAAUCACACUGGAGAUGUGAUGGACGUGGCGUGGUCGCCUCAUGACAUGUGGCUGGCCUCCUGCAGCGUCGACAAUACCAUCGUCAUCUGGAAUGCUCGCAAAUUCCCAGAGAUGGUGACUUGUCUGCGAGGACACACUGGGCUGGUUAAAGGUCUGACGUGGGAUCCAGUAGGGAAAUACAUCGCCUCCCAGGCCGACGACCACAGCCUCAAAGUGUGGAGGACGGUGGACUGGCAGAUGGAGGCCAACAUCACCAAACCCUUCAGCGAGUGCGGCGGGACGACCCACGUCCUGCGUCUGUCCUGGUCUCCGGACGGUCAGUAUCUGGUGUCGGCUCACGCCAUGAACAACUCGGGCCCCACAGCUCAGAUCGUGGAGAGAGACGGCUGGAAGACCAACAUGGACUUUGUGGGCCACCGUAAAGCCGUCACCGUGGUGAAAUUCAACCCAAAGAUCUUCAAGAAGAAGCAGAAGAACGGCAGCUCUCCUAAACCCAGCUGUCCGUACUGCUGCUGCGCUGUGGGCAGCAAAGACCGAUCGCUCUCCGUCUGGCUGACCUCGCUGAAGCGCCCUCUGGUGGUCAUUCAUGAUCUUUUCGAUAAAUCAAUUAUGGACAUCUCCUGGACUCUGACAGGUCUGGGGAUGUUGGUGUGCUCGAUGGACGGCACUGUGGCCUAUCUGGACUUCUCGCUGGACGAGCUGGGAGACCCGCUGAGCGAGGAGGAGAAGAACAGCAUCCACCAGAACAUCUACGGUAAGAGUCUGGCUAUAACCAGCACCGAGGCUCAGCUCUCCACCACCAUCAUCGAGAACCCCGAGAUGCUCAAAUACCAGCAGGAGCGACAGAACUCGGCCCAGGCCAACUCAGGACCGGGCAACGCCGGGCCCGAGUCCUCCGCCCCCAAACUCAACAGCGUGAUGAACGGAGAGUCUCUGGAGGACAUCAGGAAGAACCUUCUGAAGAAGCAAGUGGAGACGAGAACGGCGGACGGCAGAAGACGAAUCACACCGCUGUGCAUCGCUCAGCUGGACACGGGGGAUUUCUCUCCGGCUCUGUUCAACAGCGUUCCCAUCCUGCCCUCGGGCUCCUCCAUGUCCAGUCAGCUCACCCCUCAGCUCAGCUCCGACUCCAGCCCGGGACAGGCCUCCUCUCUGGGGCUGAGGCCCAGCCACGACCCCAUGCUCACCUCACCUCCAGCCGGCAGCGCCGCCAAAGGCCUGGAAGACAACAAGGACGGAGUGAAAUCCAGUCUGCUGCUCACUUCUGCCUCCAAGAUCGAGCCAAUGAAAGCUUUGGACUCCAGGUUCACAGAGAGGUCAAAGGCCACACCGGGUGUCACAGCCGCCAUCUCCUCCACCGCGGGACUCACGCCUCUAGACAGGACAAAAGACGCCAUCUCCUCCCUGAAAGACGUGAAAUCCAAAGAAGAGACCAGCAGCGAUAGCGAGGACAAGAUGGCCGCCAUCAACAAAAACCUGGCGUUUGGCAAGAGGAAACCGGAGCUGCUGAUGGAUGGAGGAGAGGUGGUGGAGAAGAGGAAGAAAGGACGACCCAGGAAAGAGAAGAUGGCCGCUACCAUCGCCCAACCCUUCACUCAGCCCAGCAGGGUGGCAGCUCCUCCAGCUCCCGUAGCUGUCCUCAAACUACCAACACCAAGUACGCAGAAGUCCUUCAGUCUGCAGGUGAGCAUGGAGCCGGCGGUGUUCCUGGAGGUGGAGAACGAGGUGUCGCUGGUGGCGGGUACGAAGCUCAGCCAGCUGCGAUGCUCCAGAGACGGACGGGACUGGAACACGCUGCUGCCCAGCUCCGUGGUCACAGCUGCAGGGAGCAGUGACGUCCUCGCCGUCGCCUGCGAGGACAGGAUGUUGUCGGUGUUUUCUUCCUGUGGGCGGCGGCUCCUUCCCGCCAUCCAGCUGGGUACACCUGUGUCAGCGCUGCACUGCUCCGCCCACUUCGUCAUGGCUCUGACUGCUGGAGCGACGCUCUCCGUCUGGGACGUUCAGAAACAGAAGGCUCUGGUGAAGAACGAGUCUCUUCUCACGAUUUUAUCUGGUGCUGACACCACAGUAUCUCAGUCUCUGCUGACUCAGCAGGGAGUUCCAGUCAUCGGACUGUCCAACGGGAAGUCGUACUGCUUCAGCUCCUCGCUGGAGACGUGGACUCUGAUCGCAGAUAAAGGAGACUCUCUGGUCCAGUGUGCUGACUUCAGGAGCUGCCUAACUACCCAUGAUGCACCUGUGUCCUCAGGGCCGUUGGCUGUAAUGCAGGGACGCAACCUCAAUGCUGGUCGGCUGGCGUCCCGCCUCUCCUCCACCCCUCACCACCUGCAGCAGAGCAUGACGUUGGCCUUCCUGGAGAAUCAGCUGGCGUCCGCUCUGACUCUGCAGUCAGCGCAGGAGUAUCGCUACUGGCUGCUCAUCUACGCCCGCUUCCUCGUCAACGAAGGCUCAGAGUUUCGUCUCAGAGAGCUCUGUAAGGAGCUGCUGGGUCCCGUCCACAAAUCUGCGGCCACAGCCUGGGAGCCCACCACUCUGGGUCUUCGUAAGCGGGAGCUGCUGCGGGAGGUUUUACCCGUCAUCGGUGAAAACCUGCGUUUCCAGAGACUGUUCACCGAAUACCAGGAUCAGCUGGAGCUGCUGCGCAACAAAUAACACACACACACACACACACACUAAGACAGACAGACACACACACACACACUUGGACUCAUCAUGAAACCGGUUUGGUUCGUCCCAGCUCAGCUCAGCUCAGCUCGGUUGGGGUGAACUCUGACUGCUUUCAUCAGCUUGGGAAGCUUGAAACGCUGACAAACACAGAACUUUACUCACAGCCAGUCCACAGCUCUUCAGGCACCGGGACUCUUCAGUGCCGUCGCUCACCGGGGACGAGUGGGUGCUUCGGGUUUUUUUUUUGUUUUGUUUUUUUUACUCAGUUUCACUUUGAACUGCCGUCUUUUGUCUUUUUUUUCCUGCUCAGUGUGUGUUUGUUCUGACCUAUGCACCUCUCUCCUGCCCUCCUAAUCAUGAACUCGUGAAGAUGAAUUGAAGAGAGACAGUGUUUGGUUCCUGUUUACUGCCAACGUGCAGCAUCAGCAG